AUGCUGGAUAAGAAUAGCAAUCUAUACAGAGUAUACAGAAGUACAUUGACCCAAGCUUUUAUAAUUGGCUUUCUGUCUUUCACCCAACCUGGAGUAUGGUCAGCUAUUUCCGGAUUAGGGGCUGGGGGAUUGCAAACGGUGAAGACAGCCAAUACUUCAUCGGCAAUUUUGUUUGCUGUGAUGUUUGUGUUCUCACCUAUCUUCGGUAUUUUAAUUAAUAAGAUUGGUGUUAGACCAGUUAUCUCAAUAGGUACUAUAGGCUAUGUCUUUUGGUCGGCUGGGUUGUAUAAGAAUUCCAAAGAUGGUUCACAGGCUUUAGUCCUUGCUGGGGCUGCUAUUUGUGGUGUAUCUGCUGCUGCAUUUUGGACCGGCGAAGCUAGUGUUGCUAUCCUCUACCCUGAGCAAAAUCAACGAGGAUUAUUCAUAGGCAUUUGGCAAGUGAUUAAUAAGAUUGGUGGCCUUAUUGCUGGUGCUGUAACGCUUUCAUUAAAUAUAAAAGGUAAUAAAAGUGGUUCUGUUGGUUUGAAUACCUACGUUGGGUUGAUGGUAAUUCAAUGCUUAGGUUUCCCUGUCUCUUUUUUGUUGUCUCCACCGGAAAAGGUGAUCAGAAAAAAUGGCACCGUUCUUAAACCAUCGAUCACUAAUAAGACAGUAAAGGAAGAAAUUAAAAAUCUUUUCAGAGUUCUUCGCAGAAAGGAGAUUAUAGGCCUUACACCGAUCUUCCUUUCUGUUGUAUGGUUUAAUACAUGGCAAUCUAAUUAUAUCACCCACCAUUUCACCGUGAGAGUUCGGGCAUUGAAUUCAUUACUUACCGCCUUGAUUCCAGGUAUGACUGACGUUGUAGCAGGAUUACUUCUGGAUACCAAAUUUUUCAGACGGUCUUUGAAAGUCAAAAUUUCAUGGAUAGUUACAGUAUCUUUGAUGACAGCAUUUUUCAUAUAUUCAAUAAUAAUACAACAUCAGUUUGACACUAACCCUGAAGAAGGUAUCGAUUGGACUGGCAAUGCUAGGUUUUCCAGAUCUUUUAUUCCCUUCCAGCUUUUCAAAAUAUCGGGAGAAUUGUUUUUCAAUUGGAUUUAUUGGGUAGUUGGAACUUACCAGUUCUCCUCAGAAGAGAUUCCCCAUGUUUCGGCAAUCAUAAGAUCAUUUGAAUCAUUAGGUCAGACGUUUGCUUUCGUUGUAGGGACAACCAAUGAUAAUGAUAUGACCAAUUUGGCUGUUUCUGCAGGGGCAUUUUUUUUGUCUGUAGUGCCAGCAACUUAUGUCGCAUUUUUGGCCACAGAUGAUGAUAUUCAGAGCUUUGCUGUAGAUCCAGUGAAAUCAAUCACUGAAUCUGAUGAAGAUUCAGCCACUGGACCAGAGAUCACACCCAUUCAAACAAAAGAUAAAGCGUUACUAGUUGAGACAGUUCGUCCUUUGAAGGAUGAUUCGGAUUGA